AUGGAGAUGGGCACCGACAUGAUGCCGACGCAACCUGAUACAAAUGCGGUCAGACAGUCAUCUCCAUCACAGCGUCCUGCAAGCUUUCAGAUCAUGAAUGACAGCACAUCCUCGCCACUCUUGGUUAACCUGGGCAAUCCCGAGCUACUAAAUGAGCUGUCUACCUCGAGUCAGAGCCCAAAGCAAUGCUCGUUGAUGGACCAUCGAAGACUCUCCUGGUUGGUCCACCCCAGCCACGAACCGACUAGCCCGGCCUUUGAAGAUGGAGUCGACCUUGCAGAGGAGCCCUUGCUGGAUGAGAGCUCUCCCGUCAUCCAUGCGGACCUCAUGAGCCAAAUAUGUAAUGCCUUACACACGGAUAACCGUGAUGUCCAUCAUCUGAUCACGCUGUAUUUUAAAAAUAUGGUGGCUUUUACUCUGUUCUCUCCUCAUCUUCUGAGUAAGAAGCUUCAAUCUGCACCAGCUCCACAAACUAUUAUUUUGUUGGCAGCAAUGUUCUCUUACUCUGCUCGCUUUCGGCCGGAAUAUCCCUUCAAUCCUAGGGAGAGGUCAGACUCGCGGGAAGAAGUAACACCACCAACCGCGCAUGAGUUUUACCUACUGUCCAAGAAAUAUAUUGACCAAGAGCUCAUGGACCUCAAGGCACCACCCCCGCUACUGCUGCUCCAGGCUAUGGUGCUGAUAUCGUUCCACGAGUUGAUCGAGAGUGCGGAAGGGAAGGGAUGGAGGUCUCUGGGUCCUUUAGUACGCAUCGCGUAUGAGCUUCGACUGCACCUCUUAGAUAAUAACGCUGAUGACGGCUCCAUCUCGAGCAAUCGACAACUUUGGUUUGUGAAAGAAGAGCGUCGCCGAGUCUGGUGGGCGAUCUGGGAACUUGAUGCUUUUACUAGUACUGUUCGCCGCCUCCCAGCUGCAAUUGACUGGAAUCAGAACUGGACUAUGCUGCCUGUGAGUGAUGAAGAUUGGUUCCGAGGAAUACCACGAAAAAGUUGUUUUCUAAUUCCUGAUCCAAUGGAGAGAGUCAAAUUACUUGAGGCUUGCGGGAAUCAAUCAGCUAAAGCUUGGUUUAUUGUGGCGAACUCACUGAUGCGCACAGCUCACUGCAUCUCAAACUCGCAAGAGUACUUCUGGAUACCUGCAUCUCUCAACCCUCCCCAACCUGGCCGACGGACACCACCUACGGAUGUUAAAAGUGCCCACGGGAUUUUAAGGAACUCCGUUUACUAUUUGUCGCUGGCCUUGCCGCAUGAGCUACGAUAUAGGGGGCAAUGUCUCUUUAGCAAUGUCGCCACGGCUUCCAAAUCUACGAAGCAGCGCGACUCAGACAUAUACAGUAUACAUGUCAUGGUAGCCUUGACAGGGUUCAUGUUGGAUCAUCGUAACAUGUUUGGAAGCGUGUCUGGAAUGAGCGAACCUGUGUCAUCACCACCACAACCACAUCGUUCCUGCACGUCCUGUAAAAAUCACGAUCUCCAUAUGCACGACAGAAUUCAGACGCAGAGUCUCUCCAUGGCAGAGGCGAUACUAUCAUUGGUGCGCAAUAGUGCUCCGGAUCAUGUUCAGCAUGUGAAUCCAUUUCUUGCUAGUACCAUCUGGCUCGCUGCAGCUGUAUUUCUUGUUUACUAUUAUCUCGGAAUCUCCAAAGAGGCUCCUCAAGAAAAAGCGCUUGUCGAUUCCAACAUUGCGCUUUUGAAAGCGGUAUUUCGUCAGUUUGUGGAGUGGUGGGAUAUGUCUGAUAUUCUGGAAACCAAGCUUACCGAGCUUGAAUCUGAGCUUGUACGCGUGCGGGAGGCUCCGGGAUCGCUCAUAGAGAGGAGCGAUGAGCCGCAGUCUCUCGAUAAGGCACAACCGGCGUCCUCAUCAAAUCCAGUCAGCACAGAUUCAGAGGGGUUGCUUCCUCCCUGUGCAGACUAUCAGCCACCACUUCCAGGAGCGUCGAUGGUGGAUGGUACUGGCUACACAGCAACAUCGGGGUUCCGACCUGAUAAUGUAGGCCCACUCUUCAUUGGCGAAUGUACGAAUUUGAUGGGGGACAGAGUCUCUGGAAUGUCAAAUCUCUUUGACAAUGCUUUCGAUUACGACCUAGAAUUGCAAGAUUUCCUGGAUGGCAUGCUUGCCACCUUCAGAGGCCCAGAACUAUGGAAAUCAGGUGCAGAUGCAAUGUCAUAA